GGCCGGCGACGAGGGCCGGGGGGCUGGCCGCAAGAGGAAGGCCUGGGCGAAGAGCCGGGAUUCCUGGCAGGCGUCGGAGGCCGAGCGGCUCUCGCCAGAAGCGCCGGAGCUGAACCCGGGGCGGGAAGGAGGCAAUAUCCCAAAUGAAAAGAUUGCAAUAUGGCUUAAAGAUUGCAGAACGCCGCUGGGAGCCUCUCUGGACGAGCAGAGCAACCAGACUUUAAAGGGCAUGCUGGUGAGAAAUGGAGGAAGUUUUGAAGAUGACUUAUCCCUGGGAGCAGAAGCUAAUCAGCUGCACCAAGGUGGUGAACAAAUGGAAAUCUGUAACGGUAUGUUGGCGAAGGACAAGAGGCUUCAGUUUCAUCAGAAGGGCCGAAGCAUGAAUUCGACUGGCUCUGGGAAAAGCAGUGCAACAGUGUCAAGUGUGUCUGAACUACUAGAACUGUACGAGGAGGAUCCUGAAGAGGUUCUCUACAAUCUGGGGUUCGGCCGUGAUGAACCAGAUAUUGCUUCUAAAAUCCCGCCAAGGUUUUUUAACUCAUCAUCGUUCGCCAGAGGGAUAGAUAUCAAAGUGUUUCUGAAUGCCCAGUUGCAACGCAUGGAAGUAGAAAAUCCAAAUUUUGCUUUGACAAGUCGCUUUCGUCAAAUUGAAGUGCUCACUACUGUGGCCAAUGCGUUCUCUUCCUUAUAUUCGCAAGUUUCUGGCACCCCGUUGCAGAAAAUCGGGAGCAUGAACUCGACGGCUUCCAGCAAAGAGGCAGCGAGCCCACCGCCUCUAACCCGAAGCAACACUGCGAGCCGUUUGAUGAAGACCUUAUCUAAGCUCAACCUCUGCGGGAACCAGCCGGCUGCUGAAGCGGGCAGUUGUUCAACGCCUUCGCCGGUUGAAAAGGGGAAAGCUGAAAGCGGGCAGCUUGAGGACUCUGACUCUAAAAAUGAACCCAAAACACCAAAACACUUCAAAGCAUCUUUGCUGGCUACAGUGAAAGAGGAGGUACCUGGCAAUCAGCUGAGCAUUAUGGAUGUUCAUGCUUCCGAACUUUCUUCUGGAGCUAACAUUACACAAGGAAUGCAAGGCAACCACACGCCUUGUGAAGAUGAGCAAAAUCAGGACUCCCUUGGUCAUUCAGAUGGACCUAAUGAGCAAGCUGCUGUUAAGGGCUCAUCCGGUCUCGAGAGCGAAAUACCCGUCUCGGGCACUUGUGGCCUUGAGGGUAAUUCUGAGCUGCCAGAGCUUCUGAUGUCACUGCCGGAUAAAGAACCCUGUGCUCCGAUAGCAAACCCAUCCAUUGUCAAUCUCAUACUGCAGCAGAAGGACUCUUUUGAGAUGGAAGAGAUCCAAAGCACCGAGGGAGAGAUCCCACAUACCCCUAGUACAGGCCAGCUGGCCUUAGCGAAAACGAAAAAAGACCAGCUAUUACGAUCUGCGAGUCAGCAUUCUGACAGCAGCGGCUUUGCCGAGGAUUCUUCUACAGACUGCUUCUUGCUAAAUCAGCUGCAGGCACAUGAGUCGUUGCAGGCCAUGGGGAGCAGCGCUGACAGCUGCGACAGUGAAACGACGGUUACAUCUUACAGCGAAGAACUCAAGACACCGAUAGCCGAACAGUCCUAUUUCAACGAACUUGACGAGGAGAAAUUUCUCCUCUCAGAAGUCGAGCGACAGAUGGGGGAGAUGGCUUCUGAGGUAAAUGCGGGAGAAGGUGAGAACAUUCCGGAAUGCAAACCCGGUCAGGCUGAAACUGGAGAAGACACGGAGUUUGGCCAAGGAAGUUUUCUGAGGAAAAAUGAAGGCGUUCCUGUGGAGCAGGUUGCGUUUGAAGUACUGGAAGAAGACAGUGAAGAAAGCGAUUUAGAUCGAAGCAGCGAGUGUGAGUUUCCUCAGUAUAAUACUCACCACAUUCUCAAGUCUAUGGCCUCUAUAGAAAGCACCAGCUCAUCCCCUUCCCCUGGAGACCGGGUUAACAUUGCUUUGGAAAGAGCCCAGAAGAAGAUCAGCACUUCGUCCAGUUCCAGAGCUGGACGCGUUCUGCUAAAAUCAAAAGACCUUCUUUUCAAGCACCGGCAUCAAAUUGCCAACCUCAGCUAUCCCCUCCGGCGCUCGCAGUCCCUCCCCACCACGCUACUAAACCCCGUGAAGGUUGUCUCCUCCGUGAACGUCCAACUCAAUCCGGGCAAACAGACUCUGUGCAGCCCACCUUCUUUUACUUAUAAGUACGACACGCCUGAGGAAGGAGGGAGGAAGGACCACGAGGAAGCGAAAUCUGUCGGGGAGGCCCAGGACAGCCCUCCCCGCUGCAAAUCCACCCUUUUUAUCGCCCCGACAUCUGUUAGGAAAGGAACGUCUCUGCCUGGAGGGGCGAGCAAGGCAGCGGACGAGCCCUGCCGGAACAGGAUCCAGAGCUGCCCAUUGCAUCUCCCCGCGCACAUGUCUCAGUCGUCGUGUUCGCUCCAUUCUCUCCACUCCGAUUUCCUGGAGAGGCCGCUUUGCGCUCACGCGAGAACGUUCAGUACGCACAGCAUCCCGAGCACCCCCGGCUCCUCCUGCGGCGGCUUGCCUUCUCCCUUUGGCUGUCCUUUCUCCCUGAGGAGCCUGGGCCACGCCCACCCGGCGCAUGCUCCCUCCACAGUCGAAAUGCAGCUUAGGAGGGUCUUGCAUGACAUCCGAAGCUCUUUGCAGAACUUGUCGCAGAAUGCUGUGAUGAGAGGUCACGACAUUACGACACCUUCUUACAGUACUCAGAGAUCAUCCAUUCUACCUCUUUAUGAAAAUACAUUCCAAGAUCUUCAAGCGGUUCGGAGAAGCCUCAACCUCUUUCGAACGCAGAUGAUGGAUUUAGAACUGACCAUGUUGCGCCAGCAGACGACAGUUUACCAGCACAUGACUGAAGAAGAAAGGUAUGAAGCUGAUCAGCUCCAGACACUGAGAAAAUCUGUUCGGAUGGAGCUUCAGGAAUUAGAAAUGCAGUUGGAGGAACGCCUACUUACUCUGGAAGAGCAGCUUAGGAAUUUACACGUUUCGUCACCUUACAGACCACAAUCGCUCAUGGGCAUGUAUGGAAGCAGAAGUACUGAUAAUUUGUCAUGCCCGUCUCCGCUGAAUGUGAUGGAGCCGGUUUCUGAACUCAUGAGAGAACAAUCGUUUCUGAAGUCAGAGUUGGGGUUGGGGCUGGGAGAACUCGGAAUGGAGACUCCUGCGGGAGAUAGUUCAGAAUCUUUCGAUCACGGAAAUUCAGAUUCUUCAUCAGUGUGUUCCAGUCAAGCCAGCCGGAAAGCAACUGUCAAGUCCAAGCCCCAGAGCAAAAAAGUAUAUCGAGCAUGCGUCGCCUUGAUGCCCACUCCACCGGCAAGAUCAGGAACUGUUCGAGCCCCUGAAUGUUCUGAAGACCCCGUAUCCUCCCAAUCGGAGGCCGAAGCAAAACUUGACAAGGGGGCUCUUGCAUUUUCUGUCGAAGAAGUUCAUAGAAGCACAGAGAAUGAUGAACUGCAGCAAGUCAUCCGAGAGAUCAAAGACUCUAUUGUUGGUGAAAUCAGACGGGAAAUCGUAAGUGGUCUGUUAGCAGCUGUCUCUUCCCCAAACAGAGGAAGCACUAAGCAGGAAACACAGCCAUGAACUGGCACAACAGGUUGACCUGUGUUCCGAGGACACUGUAGACCGAGUA